AUGUCUGAAACAGUCCGCCCGGCAUUCGCAGACCGUGAACGUCCCUUGCUGAGCUAUGGGAUCCCCUUCCCAGCGGCAGCAGCCGAGCACGUCACCAAGACCUUUGGCGCCUCGCGAGUCUAUGUGAUCUGUUCCGGAUCGCUGUCACGCAAUACUGAUGCAUUGGGUCGUUUGACGGCAGCCUUAGGCCCAGAGAAAGUAGUCGGUCGCCGUCUCGGAAUGCAGAGCCAUACAUUGUGGUCCGAGGUCUUGCAAAUCGUCGAGGAGGCACGAAAGGCGAAGGCGGAUCUAUUACUGACACUGGGAGCUGGUAGCUUGACGGAUGCUGCUAAGAUAGUCGCCUUGGCCCUGGGCAAUCAUGUCCAAAAUGCUUCCGAUCUCGCAACUCUGGCCGAAGGCCCAAGCAAGCGGCCCCAGAUUCAACCACCCACGAUUCCCAUCAUUUCAAUCCCCACGUCUCUAUCCGCAGGUGAAUAUUCAAAUUUCGCAGGUGGAACGGAAGACCGCUCUCAUCGAAAGUAUAGCUUCCAAGCACCGUCGCGUGGGCCGCAGCUCGUCAUUCUGGACCCCGAGCUAGCAGAGACUACACCAGACUCGGUCUGGUUGAGUACGGGAAUCCGAGCAGUAGAUCACUGUGUGGAAACGCUCUGCGCCACGAAAGGAACGUCGCCCGAGUCCGACAAGUUGGCGGGUCAUGCAUUGAUGCUAUCUGGGGGCGGCGGAGGCCAUGGCUGCGUGUUCCAAAGGAUCGGUGCCAUUGGGAGCAAGUCAUGGUAUUGGCCAUCAGGGCACGGCGAGACGAGUUGUAUCUUACUGCCCGCCGUCUGCAAGUACAAUGCACGACACAAUGCGAAUUGCGAACGACAGGCUCGCGUCCGCGAUGUCCUUCUGAGCGACCCGGUCGUCACGGAGAUCCUACAGCUACAUUCUUCGAGCAGUGAUACCCUGGAUUUGGGCGACAUUUUGGACCUCGUGAUACGCGAACUAGGCAUGCCGCGUUCUUUGACCGACGUGGGCGUGGGCCGUGACAAAGUGGAUGGCCUUGCUGAAAACAGCCUACAUGAUAGGUGGUGUCGGACCAAUCCAGUUCCCCUCACGGACAAGUCUCAAGUCUUGGAGAUUUUGGAUAUGGUCUUGUAA